CUCUGAUAUAAAUCUCUGAGCAAAGCCUCCACUCACAGCCACGGUGAAAACCAUCAGAAGGAUGACGCCUUAUUACCCAUUGGUGUUUGCCUGCAUCUUGGGCUUUGCUACUUCCCACCCACGAACUGAAAACUUGGCUGGGAAUAUUGUGGCCACUCAGUCCAGCCUUGCAAACUGUCAGGGGUUGGCAGCGAACGCAAUAGAUGGAAAUGACAUGACUGAUCCCAAUAAGGGAUCCUGCAGCCGGACCAGUGUGGAAUCAGACCCAUGGUGGAGAGUUGAUCUGCAUUACCAUUACCGGGUCUAUGUCGUCAAAAUUACCACCAGCGCAGACAAAGCUUUGGAAGGAGCUAACAUUCACAUUGGAGACUGUUUAAAAAACAAUGGAACCAACAAUGCAGUCUGUGCGUCCAACGUCUCAAUCCCAGCGGGAGACACUAAAGUGAUUAAAUGCGGAGAUAUCGGAGUGCAUGGUGUGUUUGUGACCAUCACAAUCCCAGGAACUGAAAAAUGCAUUUCGCUGUGUGAGGUGGAACUUUUUGGGGCACCGGAACCACACAGUGACGUAGAUCAUGAACAUUAAUCCAAAACGCUGCUCAUUUGGAGAGAGCCAUGUUGUGCUUUGAGCUUCUGCAGCCAAUCAGCUCCUGCUCCCCCCACACCCCCCCCCAGGCCACACUCUCUGCUUGAAAGUUGCUGUGAACAAGGAUUUCAGGAUGGGAACCAGCCUUUCCCAGUUUCUGUCACCCACCCACAGUCAGUCAGUCACGGAUUUCUCCAUCAAUCUCCCUGGAACAGUCCCAGGCAACGGAGACCAUGCUCAGUGACAGCAUCAGCUGAGAAACUCUGUCAAAGAUUAUCCAGGGAGACGGAGGGGGGAGGUGACUGAGAAAAAUCUCAGACCGUCCUGACUGUCACAUGGAACAACAGCUUUAUCUGAGCACCCAGAGUUCAGACUUGAACUGGUAUUAAUGCCCACAGUCUCUGGUCACUAACAACCCAGGACUGAUUGACGAUUGACGGUCUGUAUUGUGUAAUUACACCGUUCUGUGAGAAUCUGGGAGCCACCUGGAACUUUCUGCUUUUUCUGAUUUAAAAGCCUCAAUAAAGUUGCUGCCUGCACAGGA